AUGGCAGCUACGCCAGCUUCUCUUCAGCGCAUUCGCGCACCCCUUCAGCGGGCCGUCAGCUCAUCCUUCACUGCGGCAAGGGCCUACGCCACCGUCCCAACAGAGCCCCCAGUGUCGGCAACGACAUCGCAAGCUCCAGCGGCGCCGCGACGCCCGACAUACUUCAAGAAUACGACCGUCUCUUCGCUCGACGACUUUAUCUCGAAGCGCGACGCUGCUCUACCCGCGACGGACGCCUACGAGCUGAGGACCGCCGAGGUCGGACCCGCAUCGAAUCGCCGGACCAUCACCCGAUUGCCUGAAUGGCUGAAGACACCCAUCCCCGCGGGCAACGACAACUACAAGAGCAUCAAGAAGGACCUGCGAGGCCUGGGUCUCCACACAGUCUGCGAGGAAGCGCGAUGUCCCAACAUAUCCGAGUGCUGGGGUGGCAGCAACAAGAACGCCGCCACGGCCACCAUCAUGCUGAUGGGAGACACCUGCACCCGUGGAUGCAGGUUCUGCAGCGUCAAGACAAACCGCAAGCCGCCGCCUUUGGAUCCCCAUGAGCCCGAACACACGGCCGAAGCCUUGGCGCGCUGGGGAUUGGGAUACGUCGUUUUGACCAGCGUUGACCGCGAUGAUCUGGCCGAUGGCGGCGCCAGGCAUUUCGCCGAGACAAUCCGCAAGAUCAAGCAGAAGAAGCCCGGCUUGCUGGUUGAGGCUCUAACCGGCGACUUCAUGGGUGAUCUCGACAUGGUUAAAAUUGUGGCCGAAAGCGGACUCGACGUCUACGCGCACAAUGUAGAGACCGUCGAGGGACUUACCCCGUACGUACGAGACAGAAGGGCAACAUUCAGGCAGAGUUUGAAGGUCCUGGAGCACGUUAAGACAGUCAGGGGCUCCGAAGGCAUCAUUACCAAGACGAGUCUGAUGCUAGGUCUGGGUGAGCAAGAGGAGGAAGUGAUGGACGCCUUGCGGGAACUACGGAAGGUUGGGGUUGAUGUUGUCACAUUCGGCCAAUACAUGCGGCCGACGAAGCGGCAUCUCAAGGUUGAGAAGUAUGUCACACCAGAUGAGUUCGAGAUGUGGCGCCAGCGGGCUCUUGACAUGGGCUUCCUGUAUGUCGCCAGCGGUCCACUGGUCCGAAGCAGCUACAAGGCUGGCGAGGCAUUCAUCGAGAACGUGCUCAGGAAGCGAGCCGGCGAGAAGGGCGCAGUUUCUGUAGAAGGAAAAGUUGGCGAGGCUGUGGCCAUGGAGCAACAGCUAAAGACGGAGAGCGUCUAA